AGGAACAAUUGAUGAGCCAUCACUGACGUUAUUAAAUAUUAACUUUCAAGAUAAUGGCAAAUAUGUGUGUAUGGGAACAAAUUUUCUUGGGACUGGAAGUAAUGUCACUACCCUAACGGUCACUGGAGGUGUUCCUUACGUAUAUGUAUCAUCAACUGUAUAUCAUGUGUCAAUCGCCGAUAACAUAACAUUGAACUGUAAUGCGUCAGGUUCCCCAGAUGUUAUCACCAUUGCAUGGGGAAGAAACACAACAGGGUUGUCAAAUCAAUUGUACAGCGGAGGAACAUUGUCUCAAAACUCACUGACAUUGUACAACCUUGAAGCAAUUGAUGGUGGUUGGUAUGUGUGUACGGCGACAAAUGUUGUUGGUACAGGAAAAAGUUAUCCCAUUUAUCUGAAUGUCACAGGAGAAGAAAUCUGUGCAUCUAGUGUGUUUCCCAUGAUCAGUAACGGUGAUGUGACAUGUAGCGACAAUUCAUUUCUAUUGUGCACUGUUUCAUGUGAUGGUGGAUAUGUGACAAGAGAUGGAAAUUUAACAGUGAACUUCCGGUGUGAAAAUAAUGUGUGGAGUCCAUCCCUUCCACCAAAAGGCUGUUUAGCAUAUUUUUUACCCCAUACAGAGUAUAGACUUCAAGUGAGGUACAAUUUGAGUGCUAUUGCGAAAUAUUGCCUAACAAGUCACGAGCAAAUCUUGGAAAACUUAAAAUCUGCUUUUGGGCAAGAGGCUACGAAUGUUUGUCACAACAGUAUCUUUAAAACUGGUAUUGUAUUGGAGAUAGCUGACAUGCAAUCACAAACAUCUGGAUUUACAAUAGAUACUAUUUUCACAGUUCGAACACAGUUUAAUACCGUUGGUAAAACUGACAGAGAUUUAUGCAGAAUUCUGCUUGAAAAUAGAGUUACAGCACUGUCAUUGUUUACAUAUACUAGUACACUUAACUGCGGCUCUGCUACCAGUUCUGUAGGUCAGAGAUCCGGUUCCUUGUUGUCAUCAAUGGAUAUAUGUUCUAAUGGUACGACAUAUGUUUCCACAAAUCAAGAAAUUUACUGCGUUUCUGAUGUUCCAAGCGUUGUUAUUCUAAAACCAUCUUACAUCGUUGAAAAUGAAGAUUCAUUUACGAUAGAAUGUAUCGUUGAAUCAACUAUUAAAAUAAAUAAUGUUUACUGGAUACACAAUUCAUCAGUAGAAAUAAAAACCAUAUAUGGAAAUAGUACUGAUGACAGGUAUAGCGGAAGUUCGCUUUUAGUCCCAUCUUUGACUAUUACGUAUGCAGAAUUUGCAGAUGAGGGACAAUAUACAUGCGUGGCUGUGAAUGAUAUUGGUCCUGGUUCAAGUGCUGCAGUCUUUGUAGAUAUUGUUGAAAAAAUAAGAGAUUUACCCUUGAUAACUAGUACCAGUACAAGCGUUCUGCAACACACAGCAGGGGAUAUUGUAACAUUGGCAUGUCCUGUAACUGAUAAAAGCUAUGCAACAAUUGUUUAUUGGCAGUUUAUUAGGACGGGACAGUUAGAGAUUUUGCAACCAUUUAGCUAUACAGACCGGUAUAGCGGAAGCACAGCCAAUUCACCAUCAUUGACAAUCCGCGAUGCGGCAGUAGAUGACAGUGGCAGUUAUACAUGCUUUGCUGUAAAUAUUCUUGGUGUUGGAAGAGGCCGCUCAAUAGAACUUGUUGUUAAAGAAUUAGGUUUUCCUGGUGAGCCGGGAACAGGCCAGUCAACAAGUGAAACUAGUAUUCUGUCUUGUGUAAAAACAUUUAGCUUUUUGAUAAUGUUUGCAUGUAUUGGUAUAGGGGUGUUAACCGCCUGUUCCAUCCUUAUAUGCACCUUUGUACCAGACAGAAUGAGCUCUUUUAUUGGUAACGUCAGACAGUGGAAAAUCUCAGAGAAAAUUUUCAUCAUAGUCAUAGAGAUCUUCCUGUCAGUUGUAACAUCAUGUGCCCUUGCUGGAAUAGUGACUGUUGCAAAUUGUGCAGAUGACGUCACAGGUGCUACAGUUGGCUUAACAGGGGUGGCGCUUAUUCCUGGCAUAGUUCUGUCUGCCUUAUAUCUAGCGUUUUGUUGUUAUAUACAAACAAAAAGAAUCAAUAAAAUUGGCACCAAAAGUAAUUCUGGUGGCUUGAUUGCAAGCACUAGUCCAGUUCCAGAAGAACAUUUUCAAGUUAAGUCAUGGCGCCCUUACGAGACCGCUGAUCAGCCAGUGAUUGAACCAGAUGACGAAGAGGUCGGUAAAACGUUAUAUCACGGGGAAGAACUGAAUAUGUAUGCUUCAACAUUCAAAAGUGUGCCUCUGAUUUCUAAGCCAUCUGGAAGUGGUACACCCGGCAGACAGGCGUUACCACCUAUAGGGUAUACAGAAUAUGCUGAGGUGAAGAAGAAAAGACGGAGAAGGAGGAAAAAGAGACCAAAGAAAGAAUCAUUCGAUGCUAUGGACGAUUCGCAUGAUGAAUUUUGAAAAUAUAUAUCGAAGUCUUGAAUAUUAGCGACUAUCAAAACUCUAAUUAUGACAUAAAAUGGAGCUACAUUUUGUAUUAGUACUAGUAUUGAAAGUAUUUUCAUGACUUCCUGAUGUGCUAGGACAAUCUAUUUAAUUGACAUCAAAUAAUGGAACCGAUAAUUUUUAAGAAUCUUAAAAAACAACACUGGAAUUCCAUCAAAAUGUGUGUCCAUAUUUGAGAUGUGUUUACUGUUAUUUGUAUUAAUUGAUGUUAAUGUAUAUGUAUUUAACAAGCCAGGGUAAGAUUUUAUGUAUUUUUUUUGACAACCCUUUCUUGUAGGGCGGUAAAUUUCAAAUUUUCGAAAGUAUGCUUAAAUUUGUUCCAUUCUCCCACUUGUUCAACACCUUACAAAAUCAGAAAAUCGUAUCCAAGGCAUGUAAGUUAGACCUUUGCAAUGGUUUAUAAAUUAUACUUUAUAUUUUGUCAAUUUUCUUUUUACCUAUUUCCUCCUUACUUGUAUAUAGUGACAUCAAAAACAUUUGAUCAAUUAUCAUCCUCAAUGUUUCCUCACUAAAAUAUUUAAGAAAAGUUUGACGAUAUAUAUAGCAAAUCACACGAGUUGAAUGACAUAUAAUGGCAAGCCUUUUGCGUCAUUCGUAUUCCUUUAAAUAGGUGACAUAUAUUUUGUUUUUUGAUUUCCAUUACACUAUUUAUAUACUAGUAUAUAUACUUAACUUCAGAUUGUGGUCUACAAAGAUUUUCUGUCUUUUCUAAUGAUGGAUGAUAAGGGAACGAUUGCAACAUCGAUCGGAGUUAUGUUGUUUUAGUGUAUGCCCUUUAUUUCUCACUAAUCAAUGUUCUACUAUUAGAACUUUAUAGAGUGUAUUGUUCCUAAUGGCUAUACCAUGGCGCACAAUUUAGUGACGCCAUUUGUAGAUCAAUGACUGGUCCAUGAGAAAAUUAUGUUAUUAUUUAUAUCUUACAAAUGUUUAUCAAACUAUUGUUUGGGUUAACAUCAGUUAGAAAUGUAUAAUUCAAAUCUGUCGCACAUUUUUCACACUUUCGAACAUCACUUUUGAAGUGGCAUUUUAAAACGAUAAAUUUCGUCCGUCCAUUUAAUUAGAUUACUUUUGUUUUAUUCCGUCCAUGUGAUAAUUUCUUGUUGAUAUUUUAUAUGUAUUUAUAUAAUUUUUCAGAUAUUAACAUUUGUAGUUUUAUUCAGGUGUUGUGAUUAUUAAAACAUUUUAUAAU